AUGGAAGGAAAGAAGGAUGAAGUAGUCAUGAGGAAAGGACCAUGGAUGGCAGAGGAAGACGAAAUACUGUUGGAUUACGUAAAGAAGUACGGCCCCAGAGAUUGGAGCUCCAUUCGAUCCAAAGGCCUGUUGCCCAGAACAGUUGAGGAGGAGAGGGUGGUGAUCGAUUUGCAGGCAAAAUUCGGGAACAAAUGGGCCAGAAUCGCGACGUAUUUGCCUGGUAGAACCGAUAAUGACGUGAAGAAUUUCUGGAGUACCAGACAGAAGAGGCUGGCAAGGAUUUUACAGACGUCACAGCCAUGCAAGUCGCAGAAGAACAAUGGGAAAAGCUCUGUUCUUCAUGAAAUUCCACCUUUGGAGUUUGCCGAACCAGUAAUAGUUGCUAGUGAUUUAUUUCAGGCUCCUAAAUUCAGUUCCACUUCUGUGGAGGAAGUAUCAUCAUCAUCAUCAUCCAAGGAUCAGAACUUCCCUCCUUCCUACAUGGAAAACUCAGAAGUGAUCAAAAUGGUGCCAUUACCUGAUUUGGUGAACCCAAAUCUGCUUAAUUUGGGCACCAACAACCUCACCCAGCUCGAGUACACACCUAUGGAGAAGAAGCCAUGCGUCGACCCACUAUCACAAUUCCCCUUUCCUCAACUCCCACAGCCUCCCUUGGAUCUCCCUCUCCCACUCUUGCCGGAAAGCCAAGAACUUGCAGAUACCAAUCUUUUGAACGUAUUUUCACGUCAAAUGGCUUCAGAACCUGAUGAAGAUGGUCCACAGCUCCCACUAGGGCUCCUUUCUUUCGGAUCAGAAGUGAAUAGUCAAAACAGUGGAAGAGGGGAUGACAAUCCUGCGAUGCCAGACAGCUACUUUGAUGACUUCCCCACUGACAUGUUCGACUACCUUGAGCAAUUUCCAAGCUCGUCAGAGUGGUAA